CCGGCGUCCGGCGCAUCGUCCGUUAAUACUUAAUCGUCGGUUCAUUAUUGUAUCGUGAAACAUCGACGAGUGAACACGACAUAAUGUUCAGAGUAAUAUCGCUUGUAUUGUUCAUAAAUUAUGUGACCUGUGACUACAAGUUCGAGACGAAAUGGUUCAAUGUGCCCCUGGAUCACUUCGGAUUCCAGAGAAACGAAACUUUCAACAUAAAAUAUCUGAUCAACGAGGAGUAUUGGGACAAGGGAGGCGGACCGAUAUUCUUCUAUACAGGAAAUGAGGGACAAAUUGAGGUGUUCGCGAAACACACCGGCUUUAUGUGGGACAUCGCUGAGGAAUUUAAAGCGAAAUUGGUAUUUGCAGAACAUAGAUACUAUGGUCAAUCAAUGCCCUUCGGUAAUAAGUCACUGGACAACGAGCACAUUGGCUACUUGACAUCCGAACAGGCGUUAGCUGAUUACGCAGACCUCAUAAACUAUCUACAGGGAAACAAACAGAGACCGACAUACCCCGUCAUUGCUUUUGGAGGAUCUUACGGUGGAAUGCUCUCCGCCUACAUACGCAUCAAGUACCCCCACCUGGUGACGGGCGCCAUAGCCGCCUCGGCCCCGAUCCACAUGUACCCCGGGAUGGUGCCGUGCGAAGUGUUCCACAGGAUUGUGACUUCCAGCUUCAAAAUAGCGGAUGAAAAAUGCGUUAAAAAUAUAAGAAGCUCGUGGGGUGUUCUUAGGAAAUUUCUCGAAAGUCAAAACAAUACCGAUUGGCUUCACAAGAACUGGAACCUGUGCGAGCCCGUGAAGCCUGCGGAUGUGAACACCUUGAUGGAGUUCCUCCAGUCGAUGUACGAAACCCUCGCGAUGGUGAACUAUCCCUUCCCGUCGGACUUCCUGCUGCCCCUGCCCGCGCAGCCGGUGCGAGUAGUGUGUCAGUACUUGAACGAGACCCUCAGUGGACAAAAACUCAUUGAGGCUAUUGGUAAGGUGAUCAAAGUGUACAGCAACUAUGAUGGCAAAGCCCCCUGUGUCGACUACAAGAAGGGAGACGACUUCGGCAAUCUUGACGCUAGUGGAUGGGACUAUCAGGCGUGCACAGAGAUGAUAAUGCCGAUGUGCACUACCGGAAACCAAGAUAUGUUCGAGCCCUCCCCUUGGAACUUCACCAAAUACGCUGAAGACUGUCACAGGAAAUACAACGUGUACCCGCGACAGGAGGCGGCUCGGAUACAGUACGGAGGAGACAGGCUUCGAGCGGCGACCAAUAUUGUGUUCAGUAAUGGACUGCUGGAUCCCUGGGCGGGAGGCGGCAUCCUGAAUAGUAUCAGUAAUUCAGUGAAGGCAGUUGUUAUCAUCGACGCGGCCCAUCACCUUGACCUGAUGCCUUCCAACCCAGCUGAUCCCAAUUCAGUAAAACUCGCCAGAAACAUACACAAACAGAACAUAGACAAAUGGAUACGAGAGUUCCGCACGGAACGCUCCGACAGACACCAUUAGACAAUGCAACAUAGUUUGCCCGCCAUUACUUUUAAUAAAAUCGGAAUAAAACAAAUUAUAAUAAGUAAAGAAACAAAAAAUUGUACAAUUGGCAGUUUCACUUGUUCCUAAUAAAAUAUCUGCUAUAUGUUUGCAUUUUACCAAUAUCCUAGACACAAAGGUUCCAGAUAAAAUAAAAUAUUAAAUAUCAACAAACGUAAAAUUUUAUCCAGGUUAUUAGUUAUUUAGGUCUUAUAAACAACUUGUGAAGCGGACAUUUUGUUAAUACAAAAAUAAGUGAAAGUUUUAAUACACAAAGAUUACAAAAAGAAGUACAUGAUUUCUUGAACUAAAUGGUAUUGUUUUUAUAAUAUCUUAUACAAAAUGUGGACACAUCAAAAGAAAAUGCCAAUGGUGACAACGAUUUAAUAAAUAUUUGGAACUUGAAA